AUGACGUCAACCUCAAGUGAAUUAAAUUUUUUAAAGGAAAUUAUCGAUAUACCUCGAGAUCAUUUACCAGAUCCAGAAGCCGAGAAUUUGCCGUCAAGCAUCGGCUUCCCUCAGGAGUCAACAGCUGAUUUGGACAAACGUUGGUCAGAUACUGGGAUUGAUCGUAUCCCUUUAAAGUUUCAAAAGUUAAAACCCUUUUGA